CCUUAGUUAUAGCCAGUCACUGGCCAGCUACGUUGCUCACUUCUCUGUGUAGUUACAGAUACUGAAAGUUGCUUGAUUUCUCGCAUAUAGUGAAACCUUUGGGUAUAUGCUGUUGGAUCUACUACACCUACUGCAAUUCCCGUCAAACUGUGGACAUAUGUUAACAGGUAUAGUGUUCUACUCUGCGAGAACCUUGAGAAGUGCAUGCUACUAGGAAAGAGGUUGUUUUAGAAAAUAUACAAGACCAGUUAUUAAGAAUUGGUAACAAGACUGCCAAGCCCUCUUUGGUUGUGAGGUGAGGUUGGAGGAGGCUUUAGGCCCAAAGUCUUCUGUCAAGUGGAGUGAGGCAGCUGCUUUAGGCUGCCCGCCCCAACCCUAUCCACAACUCUGGCAGGAGGCGAGCAACAGAUUGACCGGAGGAUGGAGCGCGAGAGCAAUCAGCUUGAGGCUGGGCCCAUCCAUUGUCGUAUGGGUUGUGGGUUUUUUGGCUCCCCUAACACAGACGGGCUCUGCUCGAAGUGUUAUAAGGAUGCCCUAAAAAAGAAACAGCAACCACCUUCCACAGUGACGUCACCCACAACCUCCGUGGCCCCCACUUCAGCCUCUCCGUCACUCCCUACAUCUACCCUUCACCAGGCUGCAACCGUCGCUACAACCACUGGCCAGCCUACUGUGCCCACACUCACACAGGUGGCAGGCGUCCCAGGGUCUUCAGAAAAGCGGGAAUCCUCAGAGGAUGCGGGAGCAUCUGGCACAGACAGUGUGGAUGCAGACCUUGAUGGUGGCAGCCCGGACAAAGAUGGAGCCAAGAAAAAGAAGAACAAGUGCCAGAUGUGUAAGAAGAAGGUUGGACUCACAGGGUUUACAUGCAGGUGUGAAGGUCUCUUCUGUUCAGUGCAUCGCUAUAGCAACGAACACCGCUGCACAUUUGAUUAUCGUGAACAUGGAGCAGAAGAGAUAAGGCGGAACAACCCAGUUAUCAAGGGCGAAAAGAUUCAAAAGAUAUGAAGACAUCGUUAGAAGGCCAACAGUUGAGCCCCACCUCACCCCAGCUUAGGUCGCAAAACAUGAAGGAAGAAGGGAUAGAGAAAAAAAAAAAGGGUUUUAAGAUGUGAACAAUAAACUAUUUCUGGUCAAGAUUUAAAAAAAAAAAGUUUAGAUUUUUUAACAUUUUCAUCUAUGAAUAUAUUUGGAAAUAGUAAUAUUUGUAUACUGGGGUUAUUGUACUGUUUUGGCAGUGAUCAUGCUGGAAUUUUGAGUUGUGUUGGUUGGCUCUGCUGUGUUGUGUAUUUGUGUCUGCGUGGGGGGCUGUAGAAACUGUUGUUGCUGGAGGUCCCGCCACUUGUGUCUAGCAUUACCUCAUCAUGUCACCACCGUCAUUCGUUCAUUUCAUUAAUUUCAUGUUAAUCACUCGCGUAUAUCACCUGCAGCCCAUUCAUCAAGCAUCAUUUUUCAUUCAGCAUCAUCUCAUCAUGUCGUCUAGUAUGUAGGGAAAACUUACCUAACGGAUGCCUUGGCACAAGGUCUUGUUGGGCAAAACUCAAACUGCGUCCUUGAAAAAAUAAAUGUGGCGUUCCUUGAAGGGCAGAUCCACUCCAUGAAGUGUACUUGUUUAAGUUAACUUGAAAAGGAGGGGGAAAAAACUUUACUCGUGUGACAAAUUUGACGCCCACUUCUGACCCUCAUGGGCACUUGCUGUGCAUAUCUUUGAUCUGGACAUCGCUGUCCUGGGUCAACAGAUGGCCUUACUAUUCUCAACCACGCCGCCAUCUCUUCACUUACAACCUGGGCAAAUCUUGGAAAUGAAGCCAUGCUCAGGCUGGUAACAAGUUAGUGAACUUGACGCAGCCUUCAACAAGUCUGUUGGCCCAGUUGAAGUGAUGCCUUAAUGUAAGUGACAUGUGAGCCAAGGAUUCAUUGAUCCCAUGUUAUUAUGCACUUGGACUUAACAUAUAGAUGGGCUUUAAUGCCUUUUGUACCAAGCGUAUUAAAUUAAUUAUUACUGCAACAUUUGUAGUGGCUGAGAAAUGAAUAAAAACUGGGGUAGCCUUGUUUGUGUGUGUGUAUGAAUGAUAACUUACCUCUAGGGCAAUUGUGUUAGCAUGUGUGCUAUUACUCUUAUUAUAACUUCAAAUGUAAAAAACUGCUCACUUACCACUUGGGAUUCUUAUGGGGAAAAAUGCCUCUUGUAGGAACUUGUCCUUACAUCAGUGUCUUUAUAUUGAAUGAGCUGUGGGUUUAUUUGUUUACGAUCCUCAUUACAGGCUCUGUGCAUCAUUAUCUUACACUUGAUAUGCACCUCAAACUGGAGUGAAAUUUGAUUUUAUAAAAGUGUUUCUCUGUGUUUUUAUUGCCGUAGUUGGUGCUUAUACAGAGUAGAUGAUGUAUUGAAGAUCAGUUUUUAAUGAAAAUAAAGGUAACUGGCAAGCUCCUUACAAAUGUUGUUGUGAUGCCCUAUGAAAGCCACGCCAUGUUUGCUCCUUCCAUUUUAGUGUUUAGUUUUAUGCCAGUCCAUUGGCAUCUUGUUUGUGAGGAGUUUGUUUCUUUGCUUUAUAACUAUUCCCUCUUGAUUACCAUUAUCAAUAGUCAUUGUUACUAUAUACGAUUUGUAGUCAAAUAUGUCCUGGUGUACCCAAAUAAAAGGGUACAGCUAACUAAA